AUGUCCCUCGGUGCCCAUCAAGCACUCAGCUGCUCCCAGAAAGGCGUCGAUGGCUACCUCGCGCGGCGGUUCAAGAUGCAGUCUGUCCUCGGCACCAUCCUCGACCCCGCCGCGGACAAGAUCCUCAUGACGACCUUACCUCCUGUCGCCGUCAUAAUCCUCGGCCGCGACGUCCUCCUCAGCCUCGCCGCGUUCUACAUCGCUACACGUCUCUGCCUGCUCCUGUACGUGUCUCUGUCGCUCCAGGAUUUCGUCACAAGUCCGCCCGACUAUGAUAAGCAAGGUCGGCUUUCUUGCGUGAACACCGCACUUCAGUUGUUCUUGAUGGGCACCGCGACCGUCAGUCCCAUCCUCCCGAUGGACAUCGGCGUGCCAUUACAAGCGUUGCAGUACGUCUCCACCCUGUUCGAAGAGGGGACGCAGUGCUAA